AUGUCCUUCUCCGAUUUCUCUAAAGUUGAAACUAUCAGCGAAUUGAACGAUUUAUUGGCUGACAAGUCUUACAUCGAUGGUACUUCUCCAACUCAAAUUGAUGUAGUCGUCUACAAGGCUUUCCAAAAGCAAGCUCCAAACUUUGCUAGAUGGUUCAACCACAUCGCUUCUUUCACUGACGAGUUCGACACAUUGCCAGAAGGCAACGCUCCAGCAGCUGCUGUUGCUGCUGAGCUUGCUGAAGAAGAGGAAGACGUUGACUUCUUCGGUUCCGACGAUGAAGAAGAGGAUGAGGCUGCUGAAAAGCUGAAGCAAGAAAGAUUGGCUGCUUACGCUGCUAAGAAGGCUGCUAAGGGACCUGGCCCAGCUGCCAAGUCUUUGGUUACUUUGGACGUCAAGCCAUGGGAUGACGAAACCAACAUGCAAGAUUUGUUGGACAACGUCAAGGCCAUCAAAUGGGACGGUCUGGUCUGGGGUGCUCACACAUUCGUACCUGUCGGAUUUGGUAUCAAGAAGCUGCAAAUCAACCUUGUUGUUGAGGACGAAAAGGUCUCUCUUGCUGACUUGCAACAGUUGAUUGAGGAGGAUGAGGACCACGUCCAAUCCACCGAUAUUGCUGCCAUGUCUAAAUUGUAA